UCUCUUUGGGUUGGUAGCGUGAGCGGUGUCCCCAACACCGAUGCUGGCUUAUCAUUACUGGUCUGGAACUUAACACCGCCGUAACAAGUGAAUGUAAUCAUAUUUAUAAUAGGUCUGGGUUUCUGCCACGCUGAAAAUGAAGGAACGGAGAAUAAGCCAGCCUUUGGUAGCCCGCUGUAAACUGGUUUUAGUGGGAGACGUUCAGUGCGGGAAAACGGCAAUGUUACAAGUCUUGGCAAAGGAUUGUUACCCAGAGACAUACGUUCCGACUGUGUUUGAAAACUACACAGCUGGCCUGGAAUUAGAUGAUCAGCGUGUUGAGCUUAGUCUGUGGGACACAUCUGGUUCUCCCUACUAUGACAAUGUUAGGCCACUCUGCUACAGUGACUCAGAUGCUGUGCUGCUCUGUUUUGACAUCAGCCGACCUGACACUGUUGACAGCUCUCUGAAAAAGUGGAAAACGGAGAUCAUGGAUUUCUGUUCCACCACACGUAUCCUUCUGGUUGGAUGUAAGACAGACCUGCGCACUGAUGUGUGCACACUGAUGGAGCUCUCCAAUCAGAAAAUGGUACCCAUUUCUCACGAACAGGGGUCUUCACUAGCAAAGCAGGUGGGGGCGGAGACAUAUCUGGAAUGUUCUGCGUUCACGUCGGAGAAAAGCAUCCACAGCGUGUUCCGCUCAGCAGCCCUCGCAUGCCUCAACAAGCUGCAGCCGCCCACCAAGCCCAGCCCCGCCCCCCGCCUGUCUAAGCGACUCCUGCACCUGCCCAGCAAGGCGGAGCUUCUCAGCUCCUCCCUCAGCAAGGAGAAGACCAAGAGUUGCUCCAUCAUGUGAACAAGACUCUUCAUUCGUAUCCCAAGACAGACUGAUAGGAGGGCAGAUCUGGGGAGCAGAGAGGUCGUUUGAUGACCUUUGGUGACUCCUUCCACCCUGCACCUCCCCACCCAAACACCCAUGCUCUGCCUUUUCUGUUUUAACUUCUUCCUUUUACUUAUAAUGAAGGGCAGGUCCCGCUGAAGGGUUUCUGUGUGGAUUGUGUACAUUUUUCUUGAAUGCACCUCUUCUGUGAAGCAUCUUUUCUGACUAAUAACAUAAAACUUCACAUGAACUUCAUUUUGUAUUUAAAGACCGUGAGGUAUUCAUUUUCUUAUGUUUAUGCAUUGUGGUGCAUAUGUAUAGGAACGAGUGAUGAACUGUGACUACAUUUCAACUUCAAAAAAAGGCUUCCUAUACAGUGUUAUGCACUUGAAGGUGUUUUAAUUGGAAACUGGAUUCAGGGAUUAUUAUCCACUGAACAUGUCAGUGAAAGUGGGUGAGGAAGCAGGCAAAGUGUCAUGUCAGGACACGAAAGGGUAAAGGGAGCAACUGGGGAAGUUCCAUUUCCUCUUCAAAAAGGAAAGAAUGGUUAUAAAUCUGACAGUAGCUCGAGCAUGCAGUCACAUUUAGGGAGUUAGAUUGUGGACCGAAUGCUGACUCUCAGUCUCUUUCUCGCAUGCACAUGACCCCAAUUCAUAUCACGUUCGUUUAUAAAUCCCAGCCAGUGCUCCCUUUAUAGAGGGCCGAUCCAGCCAUUUGCCAGAGCGACGUAAGGAGGAGCUAUUGCGAUGGCGGCUCUGCCCGAGCAGCCUGGUUUGGAAGGUGCUUGGCACUGCAGUGGCUGCUUUAAAAAGCUUGGUGCCUGAGCUUUAAGCAUGCCUGUUUGGGCCCAUCACAGCAGAGACAGGGGCAUUAGCUGGUGAGGCAAGAGGGCAUUUCUGCUCUGCUCAGUCUGAUGAAAGGUUACACAAGAAGGAACCAUGUUUAACGGGCCUAGAUUUUCUUGCCCAUAACUCUUUUUGGUUGUAGGAUUAUUAAUGCUGUUGCAGCGUGUAUGUAGCACCUGUCCAUGGAAGCUGCCCUGAGGGGCUGGUGCUUUGCAGUUCACCGAGCGUACGAGUCCGUUCUUAGACCUUAUUCAGCUAAUCUCUCUCUCAGUUACAUCCAUCAGUUACAAUGCUAGACUGUUUAACUCAAAAAAAAGGAAAAUCUUUAUUAUUACUACUACUGUUGCUGUUGUUGUUGUUGUCAAUGUAAUAUAACAGUCAUCCAUUGCUUUGCUGAGGAAAUUUCCUUUAUAAUUCCAUUGUUUAAAGAUGCAAUGGAUUUGUUCUGUGAUUUUGUUUUGGGCUAAUUAGGAUUCCAUACAUUGUUUUCCAUAUUUCUAAUUGCAGACCAUCACCUUUAUGACCAGUUAAAAUAUGUUUUAGACAUUUUUUCACAUCUCCAAUAUCUCUAAUAACACCUAAAUGAAUAGCUAAAGAUUGCAAACAUUAUAUCCAACAACAUGCUAAUAUACCACACAAAAAAACCCACCUGAUUUUACUAUUCCCUUGGAACUCACCUUGUAAACCUCAAUCAUUUUUAUAUCAAUUCAUCAAGAUGAACAGCCUCCAGCUCAGCAUCGGUAGGCUCGAAUGCUGGGAGACUAGCAUGCUCUGCAAAGAGUGUAGCUGCUUUAGCACUUGGGCCUCAUUAUAAGAAACUUUCAGGCUGGUCCUGCCACACACUUUUCUGAACAUUCUUUUGCUUGUAUUUUUGCUUAGCUAUCUUCUUACAUUCGGUUGAAACCUUAACCUGCACCACCUCACCCCUGCUCCUCCGUUUGUCUCUCUGGAACUGUGGAGAGAAGGGUAGCCUCUAACUGUAGACUUUGCGAGUUUGAUAUGCACAGCUUCCUGCAUUAUACUACAUGCACUGCACCGGAAUUCUACAGUGUUGCCUAGCAACAACCAAAGGGGUAAGGCUUGUCUCAAGGCUGUUGGGGAGACAGAGAGAGGAUGGGUUUUCGUGCUGUAGCAUUAUGGAUGAACCUACUGCAGAGGCAAUAGCUAUAAAGAGUCUAUAAAGCAAAACUUGACUUCAUCAGUCUGUCCCUCAGACACUAUUGCUAAUGUCACUGUGUGAAGUACUACACUAAAUAUAUAGCUGUGUAUUUAACAUGCACCUUUUCCCCCUUUGGAUACUUCAUCUCUAUGUACAUAUCUUAGUUUUGUAUGAUUAUAAUCUUUGUACAGACCUCCCCAAAAUACCUGCAAAUGAAUAAGUUAAAAGUCUACUGUGUUUUAUGUGUGGAAUGUAGCCUAAAAUGUCAUGUGCGUGUUGUAUGAAUUUAAUUUAUUGACAAAGCUGUUUUUAUUUCCAGUCGAUCUGUUUUCUCCUGUGAUAGGCUGUGGUCUUUGACUUAAUAAAAAUAAAUUGGCAUUAUUCUGUUAA